CAUACCGAAGAUGGGGCGGCAAAUGAGGAGAGUUUUGUUCAGCAACCUUUCACAAGUCAUGGUGGUGGGGAUUCAGGUGGUGUCCUAAACACUCACGGUGGAAUGCAUGAUGCAGAUGAGGAUGAUGAUAUUUCAUCUCAGCCACUUCUGCCCUAUGUUGGCAUGGAAUUUGACUCAAUUGAAGAUGCCCAAAAGUUCUAUAAUGACUACGCAUUUGGAACGGGUUUUGGCUCACGCAUAGCUUCCUCAAAGAACAGCCAGAAGAAAGGUCCACAACAACUUAUCAAGAGGGUCUUCCAAUGUGUGCAUGCUGGCAAACCGGAGACUACAUGUGAGACAAGCAGCCACUCGGAAGGAAUUGCAGCAGGGGGAAGCUCAUCAAGCAAGCAGGCCGGGGUUGAAAUGGAUGUGACAGUCAAGCGUCAGAGGAAUCGGAUUAUGCGUUAUGAUUGCAAAGCUCAUAUGAUUGUUGGCCUCAGGGGCAAUAAGUGGGUUGUUACCUACUUUGUUGCACAGCAUACACACCCUUUGAUGCAGCAUGAGGAGAUUGUGAGGUUCUACCGCUCACACCGCAAAAUUCCAGAAGAAGAUUACCAACUACUGAUGACAAUGCAUGAUGUAAACUUGUCAACUACAAAUUGCAUGGGAAUGCUUGGAAUGGUCCAUGGCGGAGACCGGAGGAAACUGCCAUAUGUGAAGAGGGAUGUUUCAAAUGCGCGUUCCAAGCUGCGACAAAAUCAGUCAUUUCAGGACAUGGAUAUGACGGUUGCUUACUUUAAGAGGCGUCAAGCUGAGAAUGCUCAAUUCUACUACGCAACAGAAGUUGACAAAGAAACAAACGAAGUGACAGCUCUGUUUUGGGUGGAUGGAAGGACAAGAGCAUUGUACCCAAAGUACAAAGAUUGUGUGUUCUUUGACACAACAUUUUGCACAAAUCGGUACAAUCUGCCUUUCGCUCCUAUUGUUGGUGUGAACAACCACUUGCAAACCGUGCUGCUAGGUUGUGCCUUGGUGCCAAAUGAACAAAUAGAAACUUUCAAGUGGGUGUUUCAACAUUGGAUGAUUGCAAUGAAUAAUGAGCACCCGUUGCACCUAAUGACUAACCAGGACAAGGUAAUGGAAACAGCAAUAAAAGAUGUCUUCCCAAACACAGUGCAUAGGUGCUGCAAAUGGCACGUCCAGCGAAAAGCAAGGGAAAAGUUGGGUAGGAUCCUGAGCAUGGAUGAAAAUUUUGAGCAGGUUUUCUAUGGGGUUAUCAAUGAUUCGGAGACGGUGGAUGAGUUCGAGGAGAAUUGGCAGCAUAUGCUGCAUUGCUUUGAAUUGGUUGACAACAGACAUCUAAGCAACAUGUGGCGUAAGCGAGAGACAUGGGCUCCAGCAUACUUCCGAAAGAACUUCUUCCCAUUUACAAGCACUACAGGGCGGUCUGAGGGUCUCAACUCCUACUUCAAGACAUUUGUCAACCCUCAAGACUCUGUCUGGAGAUUUGUACAACAAUAUGAG